UGGUGUCGUGGUAUCUUGUCUGGUGUCGUCUAUUAUUUUGGUAGCUCAUGGGUUGCGGUCGCUCAACGCGUGGUCUAUGGUGUGAUCUGGUGUCGUGGUAUCUCGGUCGUCUGGUGUCGUGGUAUCUCGGUCGUCUGGUGUCGUGGUUUCUAGAUUGUUUGAUGUCGUGGUUCGUGGUAUCUCGGUCGUCUGAUGCCGUGGUAUUUCGGCCGUCUGGUGUCGUGGUGUCUCGGUCGUCUGGUGUUGCGGUGUCUCCGUCGUUGAGUGCCGUUGUCUGUGGUAUCGUUUUAGUGUGUCAAAUCUCGGUUGUUUAUGGGUAGCAGUAGUUCGAAGCGUGGUCGAUGGCGUCGCGGUGUUUUGGUCGCUGGUUGCCGGUGGGGUCGUCUGGUGUCGUGGCAGGGUGGUCGUGGUAACUCGGUCGAAUUGUGGCGUCGCUGUGGUGUCGGUCGUUGCCGUGGUUUGGGCGGUCGGUCGAGAUCAAGGUCUUGCCCAUUAACGCAAUGUGUCUAUAAUCGAGCGUUUGUUGUGUCGUGAACAUUGAAAUUGCGAUCAUUUACUAAGUAGACACAUUGGUCGGUCUUUGCUAGCUACGUACGCGGGAGAAACAACUUGAAUGGGGAUUCGUUGUCUGUCCAGCGCACCGAAACAUUGUACCGCGUCACGAUUACCAGGCGACGUCGCACGUCAAUCGCGUCGGCGCUGCGUUGCCGAAAGACGAUGCCAG